UUAAUAUUAAUUAGUAGUAGGAUUUAUUUAUUAUUAUUAGUAGAAAUAGUACCUAGUUAGAAAUAAUAAGUUACCUGUGGUAGUAGGUAACAAUAGCGAUUUGUAUGGCCACACCGGCACACCAAUAUCAAAUCACUUCUUCUUAUCAUAUCGCAUUACCUUCUUAGAAUACAAAUUGCAAAAUUUUUGUAUAGGACUCACAUCGUCAGCGCGUGUGUUAUAUGAACCGAGUGUUAGUUGAAACAGCACGGUCUGAAAGGUGAUCAAAAUAACGUAGUUAAUUUAAAUAAAAAUUAGGUCAUUUAGUGCUACUGUUCAAAUUUAUAACACUUCCUGAUACAUAAUGCCGGGUAAAGGACUGACUCCAUACCAGGGCAAAAACCGGUGCUUUGGUGCCUUCAAAUGCCCGCAGUGCAAGAGAUCCUGGUCCAGCGCAUACUCCUGGGCCGACUGCGCUGAGGACUGCAUAAUUUGCAACAUCCGAGUCUACCCAUUUAGACAGACAAAACUUAAGAAGCGGCGCGGGACUGCCAAUGAGAAGAAAAGACACCUGUCGGAAUUGUGCGAAAAAUGCGAACAACUGGGAUAUAACUGUAGUAAGCAGUCGGAGGAGACAAUUUUAGGACGAAGACUGAGAACUGGUCCGAGGUAUUAGUAGUAGGUAUAUUCGUAUAGAGUAUUCACGAAUUAAGAUCACUCAUCGCUCAUUAAUACAAGCAAUACUGCUCAUGGGUGUACUCUUUUUUAAGUCCGGGAAUGGCCUAUCCAUACUCGUCGUCGGCUCAUCUAAAACCUGGGAUGUAAUGUAGCUACCCAGUAAGUACUGCUGAGUG